AUGAGCGAAGAAGGAUUUAAUUUAAGAAAGUGGAAUUCAAAUUCCUCCACACUUCUUGAAUCCAUCAACAAAGGCGAAACCCAUCAAGAUCCCUUAACCAAAUUCGAAAGGAAAGUUAUCGCCGAGGAUGAAUCACACACGAAAUCUACGAUCGGUCCCAAUAACUCGAACAGGGAGAAAUCAGUAAAGGUAUUUGAAUCGAAUUGGAACACUCGUUCUGACAAACUGUUCUUUGAUUUCGAGAACUUGAUCACUCAUGCCAAGUCGUUGCCAAUCACAAAGCGGGCAUUGCUUAAACUGACAACCAAGAUCUUUGAUCUUUUGGGUUUCCUUAACCCAUUCACAAUUCGCUUGAAAGCGAUGUUCCAGAUACUCUGCUGUGACAAAAUCGAAUGGGAUGAAGAGUUACAUGGAGAUUCACGCAAAAGAUUCAAUUCCUUCGUUUCUGAUUUGCAGCAACUGUCCAACGUUAGGAUACCUAGAUGUUAUUAGAUCCAAGCAAACCAACAUUCAACUUCAUGGAUUUAGUGACGCAUUUCAACAAGCAUUCGCCGCAGCAGCUUAUCUGAGGUCAACCUACGAAGCUGGUUGCGUAGCAGUCAAGUUUGUAGCAUUGAAAACGAAGGUUGCGCCCACAAAAAAACAAAGUAUUUCGCGUCUGGAACUGCUGGAAGUAGCAACCACGAUUAGUAGCAACCAUCAAGGAAUCUUUGUCUCAGCCGCUAUAGACACUGAAACGUUCUAUUGGGUUAUACUCUAUCACUACAUUGUAUCGGAUACAGAAUGUUAAAAGUUGGAAGCAGUAUGUCGAACAUCGAGUCCGAGAUAUACGCCAAUUGUCAAACAAGGAACAGUGGAGAUUUUGUCUGGGUUUGCAAAAUUCUGCGGAUUAACCAUCCCGUCGUUUGAACGGAGAGGAGCUUGAAACAAACACAGUGUGACGGAAUGGUUCCGAAUUUCUCGGCCAAUCCGAAAAAUCGUGAACCGUACAUCCAACAAGUAAAAGCGUUCCAGAGAAAGCAAUUAAAUAAAUUGUAAAGAAUCAUCUGACCGUUAUGCAUUCGUUUGCAACUUCUGAUAACCACCGAGGAUCAACGACUCGUCUAGAUAAGAUCAUUGACUGUAAUUCAUACAGCGCGUUGACACGAUUAUUGCGGGUUAUCAAUAUUCUAAAGGAGAAACGCCGAGAAGAACGAUCGAGUAGUUCACAAGUGAAUGCAUUUGCAGCAACAGAGAUUAACCAAGCCGAGUCUAUGUGGUUACGAACUGUCCAAAUGUCAUCCUUCGAAAGUGAAUUAGAUUUUAUCGAAAACAGUCGUGAUUGUUGUCCACCAGCUCAUGUUAUAUUGCGAUGUAAAGG